UAGACAGAUACCUACACAUUCAAUCAGUCUGCUUAACUUCAUCUUGAAACAUGUCGGUAUUUGGUAAAGAGUUUACUAAGGACUGGCCCUUAAAUGAUUUCGAUAGAAAUUUAACAACAAUUGGCCAUCAACUCUUGCAAAAAUGUUUAGAAGUGGAAAAACCAAGCAUUAAACAAAUAAAUAUACAAGAAUUUAUACAAAAAUCUAAUAAAUUUCCUUUGGAGUUCCCCAUACAGACAUGUCGUGUAAAGUCACAACCUGUAGAACGUCAUGCUUUAAUACAGCAACAAAUUGCCUCAGCCUAUCCCUUGAUACAUGAGAAGGUGUUGUAUUUGAUUAUAGACUUUUUGCAGCAUAAAUUGAAGUAUGGUUCCUCCCGAGAAAAACAACUUUAUAACAACAUGAGCCCCUGUGAAUUUGUACAGCGAUUACUAGUUAAAAGAUGUGUUAGUUUCGUGGGAUUUUAUGAUAGUUAUAUAUUAAUAACAGGAGAAACAGGAUGUGGAGAAAAAUAUCUUAAAGUUGGUACCGAGGAGGAAGAGCAGCCCUUAACUCUGGACAAUGUUUUAAGUUAUGAUGAGAUCAAGAUUUCAGCUCUUUUAUCAGUUACUUCUCAUAGUGAAUUUAUUAAUGAUGGCCGCCGUAAUAAUUGUGGUAAAGUUGAAAAGGAUUACAAUAAAAUCGAGAAACAGGGUGUGGUAGUGGGCUUAAUAGGGGCCCGCUUUGCACGGCUCGACAGAAUGGAAUGUGAGGAUAUAAAAAUAAGCAAAACACAGAAUACAUUGGAGAAUGGUUAUGGCACGCAAACAAAGAAUGAUCUAGUUACAGGGGUCCUGCAAUAUUUAUUCCCAGCUAAAGCUAUAACUGAAGAGAUUGAAAAACUACAAGACUAUAGACUUUUAUGGAAUAAAUUCUAUGAAGAACCAGAUCAUUUAUAUAAAAAAGUCUCUAUAGAUAAUAAACGUUUUGGUGAAAGCUUAGAUUGUGAAACAAUUUUUGAUAAUUUAAUAAUGAAAAAACGUUAUGCAAUUUCCUUUGAUACUUUGCUGUUGGAGGCCAACGAAAGAGCUUUAAAAGCUAACAAAUUUGGUUAUAUACAUGUGGUGGGCAUUGGUUUGGGGGUGUGGCUGGGUGCCCAGCAGCAGGAACAAAUCUUUAUGGAAAGUUUUCAGCAACGUUUGAAAUAUUUAUUGCCGCAACUCAAACACAUAGCAGUGGUGCAUUUGUCAUGGUUUCAUUUAACACAAUGGGGUGAUUUAAAAAAUGAGGAGAUUUUCUCAUGCGAAGGACAUCCCAAGGGAGGGAUUAAGAUAUUAAUAUCGAAAAGAAAUCCUAAUGAGAAACUGCUACCUCCCUAUGAUAAUAUGCUGCCGGUGGUGUCAUAUGCCUGGGAUGGUAAUGCCUUACCGGGUAAUGAAUUUUGGAAGCACUGUUUGGCCUCUUCUAAUGAUCCCUCUGCCACCUGCAGUACCUUAAUAUCGGAACUCUUUAAUCCUCACAUUAAUACCCAGUAUGUAAAUGGCAAAAAUUUACAUAUAGCUUCUCCCAAAUAUGGUUUAAUACAUAUAAAAGAUUAUGCCGAGCAAAUCUUAAACGAAAAUGUGUUAACAAAAUAAGUUUAAAGAAUGUAAAGUUGUUAUAAAUACUGAAUGUUUAUUAAAUGUUAAAGAAAGUGAAUUAUAUGGAAUAUAACAUGUUUAA